CUAAAUACCUAAUGCAAUAGAAGUCAAGUCUUAAUGAGAUUUCGUUUACCACAUCACUACCUAUAGAUUUUGUUUAUAAAUAUAGAGCCGCUAUAUUUGGAAAACUUAAACCUUAUAGGACUCAAUUAAUUUUCGUCAUAAUAGUAGUAACUCGGAUUCGUAAAAUCUUUAUAAAAUCGUUGCAAUAUUGUUGAUUCCUUUUCAUACUGUCCCAAAAGAAUCAACUGCUCCAUACAAUCAACUUGGCUAAUUAAGACAGCAAAUUAAGUUGAAGCAAUCGAAUUCACGCACAAGUUUCAGAUCAAUAACUUGUUUCUUUCCACGAGAAUGGCACGAUCGCUUCCAGUUCCACCAUGGCCUCUAAUAAUACUAUGUUUCUUCUUCCUUCUUGCUAAGAUCCAUGCAGUCAGAUUAGUUCCACUGAGUAAUCAAGAAAAGUCACCUCCAGUCAAGCUCCAUGUAACGGACACCCAUGUGGAGAUAGACAACGGCAUUGUUAGACUAACACUAAUGAAUCCGGCCGGGUUGAUCACAAGCCUCGGAUACAAAGGGGUUAGCAAUAUUCUUGAGUAUCGCAACAGAGAAGGGCGAAGAGGAUAUUGGGACAUUGUGUGGAGUAGGCCAGAUCGUAAUGGCAGCCAUUUCGACACGCUCCAAUGUACAAGCUUGAGAGUUAUAGCAGAAAGCGAUGAUCAGGUUGAGGUUUCAUUCACAAAGACAUGGCAUCGCUCCCUUGACAGAGAAGUGCCUCUCAAUAUCGAUAAAAGGUAUAUUCUGUUGCGUGGAUCUUCUGGUUUCUACUCGUACGCGAUUUUUGAGCAUAUGGAAGGAUGGCCUGAUCUCAACAUAGACGAAGCAAGAAUCGCCUUCAAGCUUCACCAAGACAUGUUUCAUUACAUGGUAAUAUCGGACAACAAGCAGAGGAUCAUGCCAUCAGAGAGGGACAGAAAAGUGGGGGAUAAGCUUGAUUACAAGGAAGCUGUUCUGAUAACACAUCCUAGCAAUCCAAGACUGAGAGGAGAGGUGGAUGACAAGUAUCAGUACUCGUGCGACAACAAGGAUAACCACGUGCACGGCUGGAUCAGCUCCGAUAAUCCGCGCAUCGGAUUCUGGGUGGUGAUGCCCGGUGAUGAAUUCCGAGGCGGCGGCCCUAUCAAACAAGACCUCACAUCACAUGCCGGCACGACUUCCUUAGCUACGUUUUUCAGUGCGCAUUAUGCUGGAAUCAACUAUGGAGUUAGAUUGCGCAAUGGAGAGCGGUGGAAGAAGGUGUUUGGCCCUGUUUUCAUGUACCUCAACUCGGAUCCCAACAAUAACCCCACUGCCAUUUGGGAGGAUGCCAAGAGACAGACAGCACAAGAGACCAAGAAAUGGCCAUAUGAUUUCCCACUGUCACAAGAUUUCCCCGAUGCCAAUCAACGCGGUGCAAUCACGGGCCGACUGUUGGUACACGACAGAGCAACCGCAGCAGCGAAAUCAGCAUAUGUGGGAUUGGCUCCACCUGGAAAUGUUGGAUCUUGGCAAGAGGACGCCAAGGGCUAUCAAUUUUGGAUAAAAACAGAUGAGAGGGGCUACUUCAGUAUCAGAGGUGUUAGAGAAGGCACGUACAACUUGUACGCAUGGGUGCCGGGAGUCAUCGGAGACUACAAACACCAGGCCGACAUUACAAUCCGAGCAGGAAAUGAAGUUGGAAUGGGCGAUGUUGUGUACAGUCCUCCAAGAAACGGUCCAACGCUGUGGGAAAUCGGGAUCCCCGAUCGUACUGCAGCUGAGUUCUACAUUCCCGAUCCAAACCCUAAUCUAGUAAACAAAUUAUUCAUCAACCACACAGAAAAGUACAGGCAAUAUGGCCUGUGGAACAGAUACACUGAUCUGUAUCCUCAUCAUGAUCUGGUUUACACCGUCGGAGUCAGCGACUAUCGUAGAGACUGGUUUUUCGCGCAUGUAAACAGGCAUGUGCAGAAAGAGUAUGUACCAACCACAUGGCAAAUUGUGUUCAACGCAAGAAAUGUGAUGAGGAGAGGAAGUUACACGCUUCGGCUAGCAUUGGCAUCUUCGAGUUUUGCAGAAAUAGAGGUAUGGAUCAACAACCAGAUUAAUGGGCGUGGGCCUCAGUUCUCGACGGGGAGGAUUGGGAGAGACAAUGCGAUUGCAAGGCACGGCAUUCAUGGUCUGUACAGACUGUACAGUGUGAGUAUUUGGGGAUCUGAAUUGGUGGAAGGAAGAAACACAAUAUAUCUGAGGCAGGCAAGAGGCGCUAACCCAUUCACCGGUGUGCUCUAUGAUUACAUUCGCCUCGAAGCCCCGCCUCAACCUCACAAUUAGCACUCUAUACAAAAACUCGUGUGCAUAUAGGAUCUACAGAGCCAUAGCUUUAGAAUUAUUAUUAUUUUUUUUUCUCUACUUCUCAUUUAUUCUUUUCAUUCAUGUAUUAUAGUUUUCCAUGCAUUAAUCCCAACUGGAAUAAUGCUUUUUAUUUUUUGUCCUAAUAUUUAAUUAUACGCUUUGGCUCUCUUCUUCCGAUUCA